AUGGCGCCGCCGACGUACAACAUCGCUAUGGUUAGCGACUUUUUCUUCCCGCAGCCAGGAGGAGUUGAGAGCCACAUCUACCAGUUGUCGACCAAGCUCAGAGACAGGGGCCACAAGGUCAUCAUUAUAACCCAUGCCUACGAGGGCCGCACCGGCGUGCGCUAUCUCACCAACGGACUGAAAGUCUACCAUGUUCCCUUCCUAGUCAUUUACCGGUCCGCCAGCUUUCCGACGGUCUUCUCAUUCUUCCCAAUAUUUCGAAAUAUUGUCUUGCGCGAGCGCAUCGACAUUGUACAUGGCCACGCCAGCUUGAGCAGCUUGUGCCACGAGGCAAUCCUUCAUGCCCGGACCAUGGGAUUGCGGACCGUCUACACAGACCAUUCACUAUUUGGAUUCGCCGACGCCGCCAGCAUCUUUGCCAACAAGCUCCUCAAGUUCAGCCUCAGCGAUGUGGACCAUGUCAUUUGCGUAAGCCACACAUGCAAAGAAAACACGGUUCUAAGGGCAUCCCUUGACCCACUCAUGGUCUCGGUAAUCCCCAAUGCCGUGGUUGCAGAGAAUUUCAAGCCCCUGUCUCACCCGACACCACCCGGAGGGGGGAGCUCCUUUGGCCAAGCGUCCCCGCCAGCCCGGCCAUUGGGGCCCCAUGAUGUGAUCACCAUUGUCGUCAUCUCCCGGCUCUUUUACAACAAAGGCACAGACCUCCUGACAGCCGCCAUCCCGCGCAUCCUGGAGAAUCACCCAAACACGCGCUUCAUCAUCGCCGGCUCCGGGCCCAAGGCCAUCGAUCUCGAACAGAUGAUCGAGCAGAACGUGCUGCAGGACCGCGUCGAGAUGCUGGGGCCGAUCCGCCAUGAGGAGGUGCGCGAUGUCAUGGUACGCGGGCACAUCUACCUGCACCCGAGCCUGACGGAGGCCUUUGGCACCGUGAUCGUCGAGGCCGCCAGCUGCGGCCUGUACGUUGUGUGCACGCAGGUGGGCGGCAUCCCCGAGGUGCUGCCGUCGCACAUGACCGUGUUUGCCAAGCCCGAGGAGGACGACCUGGUCGCGGCAACCGGCAAGGCCAUUGCCGCACUGCGCGCCAACAAGGUCCGCACAGAGCUCUUUCAUGAGCAGGUCAAGAGCAUGUACUCGUGGACAAACGUGGCUAUGCGCACUGAGAGAGUCUACAAUGGCAUCUCCGGGGCUAUCAGCGAGGCCGAAUUUUAUGGAUAUGACGCUGCCAAUGGGGCGAGCAGCUGGAGCGCGACGAGGGGACGGUCCGGAGUGCAAAGCUUCGCACUUAUCGAUCGGCUUAAGCGUUACUACGGUUGUGGCAUCUGGGCUGGCAAGCUGUUCUGUUUGUGCGUGAUUGUCGACUACCUUCUUUUUUUGCUUCUCGAGCUACUGUUCCCGAGGGAUAAAAUCGAUAUCUGUCCGGAGUGGCCGCGUAAAAAGCCCGCCGAGUCCAAGGAAAGCAGGAAAGAUGUGCGGUGA